AUGCAAGCGUUGAUUUUCAGGUCCUACCAACAACCUUCGCAUAAGAAGAAACACCCUUCCACCCCCAACUCCCGUCUUCUCACCCUUCUCGCCGCCACCGUCGCCACCACGCUUUUCCUCCUCUUCCUCUUCCGACACACCCUCAUCGACCCCAACAACAACCACUGCAUCUCCCCCACAACUGUCCCCCUCACCGCCUCUGAGUCUGUCAUCGCCGCCGAGUUUGAAGCCACACCCCCUACAUUGGUCACCAUCCUCCACUACGCCACUGCACUCGCUCUCCCACAACAGACCAAGGGUGAGAUCCGACGCGCCUUCGACGUCCUUCAAUCCCUUGCGCCAUGCAAUUUCCUAGUAUUCGGUCUCGGUCAUGAUUCCCUCAUGUGGGACUCCUUCAACCCACGUGGGACCACAAUGUUCCUUGAGGAAGAUCCCAAGUGGACCCUCUUCGCCCUCCAGCGUUUCCCCAUCCUACACGCCGACACAGUGCAUUACUCCACACGCCUCUCCGAUGCCAAAGCCCUUAUUAACUCUUACAAAAGGGAUUGUGCCACUGUGAGUCAUCCUUUAAAGGGUGACUGGCAGUGCAUGUUGGCCCUCAGCAACUUGUCCAAUGAUGUGUAUGAUCGUGAUUGGGAUGUGAUUAUGAUCGAUGGGCCGCGAGGGUAUUUUUCGGCCGCUCCUGGGAGGAUGGCAGUCAUAUACUCCGCCGCCAUGAUGGCGCGAGGGAGAAAAAAAUCAGGUGUGACGCACGUGUUUCUUCAUGAUGUGGAUAGGGAUGUUGAGAAACACUAUGCGAAGGAGUUUUUGUGCAUGAAAUAUAGGGUUGGGGGUAUUAGGAAGCUUUGGCAUUUUGUUAUUCCACCUGUUGUUAACGCUAGUGAUAUUGCUCAAGGAUUUUGUUGA